AUGGCGACCGCCGCGCUGGAGGAUCGCGUGCAUCAGCACUCGGACUUUUUCGACCGUCUCGUGGAGCUGAUCCCGGCCAAGUACUACGUCCCCGACGAGCAGAACCCGGAGUGGAGCAAGUUCAACAAGACCAAGUCCGCGAAGGCGGCGGCGAAGCAGGAGGCGAAGGAGAACUCGAAGAAGGCGCUUCGCGCGAAACUCGCGCCGGGGAACGCGCAGAGCACGCUCGAGAAGAUCGCGGCGAAGGAGCGCGGCGGGGAUGGGAAAAAGUCGGCGGGCGAUUCCGACGACGACGACGACGACGACGACGACGACGACGGCGCGGACGAGGACGAGGACGAGGACGACGAGGACGAGGAGUCCGGGUCCGGGUCCGAUGCGUCCGAGUCCGAGUCCGAGCCCGAGGGGAAAGGGAAAGGAAACGGGAAAGGCAAAGGGAAGCGCGGCGGCGACGGCGCCCGCGACGGCGCCGCGGAUGACGCCGACCGCGACGCCCCCGCGACGCCCGCCGGCGCGCCGCCCACGGCCUCGGGGUGGUCCUUGGGCGAGACCGGCGGCGACCGGCUCGAGGAACUCAGAGAACGCUUGAAAGCGAAGAUCGAAGCGAGCCGGGUCGCGAGGAAGGCGGAGGAGUCCCAGGAGAAGAUCGCGCAGGCGCGCGAGUGGAGAGAGACGAAGAAGAAGAACAAGCAGGAGAAGAAGCGGAAGGAACGCGCGACGAACGCGGUCGCGAGCGCGCUGGACGGGAAAGUCAACGCCGCCAAGAAGUCGAAAGCCGCGGCGGGUAAGGACGACGCCGGUCGCGCGGGGUCCGACGGCGAGGACGGCGAGGACUUCCAGUUCGGUCGCGUGGAGGUGGACGACGCGAUCGGCGGCGGCGGCGGCGUCAACAAAAGGAAACGCGCGAGCAAAGAGACGCUGCUCAAGAGAGCGCUAGACCAACGCGCGGAGAUCAAGGCCGCGGGCGGGGAGGAGACCGGCGCGGGGAAGAAGGUGGCGGAGAGGUACGCGUGGGACGCCGCGCUCGCGCGCGCGGGCGGCGAGAAGGUGCUCGACGACCCGAAGCUCCUUCACAAGAGCGUGAAGAACGAACAGCGGAUGAAGAAGAAGUCGCGACAGAAGUGGGAGGAGCGGCACGAGAGGACGACCGAGGCGAUGGCGGCGAGGCAGAAGAAACGGAAGGACAGCCUCAAGUCGCGCGCGAACGCCAAGGUGGAGAAGCGCAUGGACAAGAGGGAGAAGAAGAGGAACCGCCCCGGGUUCGAAGGUCGGUCGCAGGCGCCGAUCAACAAAUAG